CAACUGCCGAGCACAGUAACUCCAUUCUUCAAGCCACCCCCACACAAACCUAUUCCGAGUUGCAGGAACAAACAUCGGAGCCGUCCAAACUCAGUGGCAGGGAGCUUAACCCAAUAGAGCUGGACUCCGAGUAUGAGUGUGGUUAUAUCGAAUGCUGAUAGCGAAAGGUCGGAGUGCGAUAGCCUCUGCGAGCUGGAGGGCAGCGAGCUUGAGGAAAAUUUGAGGGAGCUCCACUGCUGGAUGGAGGCAUAUCGGACAGGUCUGAGCACAAAGGAUGCCCAGUUUCAGGUUAAGCAAUUCAGCUCUACAAAGUACAAGUCUCACAGACGUAUUCCAGAGACAUUGGCUCGCAUUUUCGAUUGAUGGG